AUGGCAGACACCGUCAAUUUGCCUCGUAUUCUUUGCCUCCAUGGAGUUGGCUCAAACGCCGACAUCCUCCUCCUUCAGACACGGGCAUUGCGCGAGAAGCUGUCAUCCUCAUUCCGUUUCGUAUUCGCAGACGGACCAUUCUUCUCCGAAGCUGGUCCAGGAGUACUCCCCGCCUACGCAGAUGCUGAUCCGUACCGAAGAUGGCUUCGCUGGAUUGACUCGCAUCGGGUAAUGAAGCCGAAAAACCACGUUGAAUCUGUCAGACGGUGUUUAGAAGAUGCAAUGGUCCACGAUGAUGAAUCUGGCGGUUGCGGGCCGUGGGUUGGCCUCCUGGGCUUCAGCCAAGGUGCAAGACUGAGUGCCUCGAUCUUAUACGAGUGCCAAAGGCGCCGGGAGGCCAAAGAAAAGGGAGAACCACUACAAGGAUAUGAAGGAAACUCGAACUCGAUUCUUUGGAGUCAGAAUUGGCAAUUCGCGGCUCUGUUUGCCGCUCCCGCUCCGCUUGUCGCACUGUCGCCUGUGAUUGGCGAUCUGCCUCUGCAAGACCCAAGUCAGUUAGGUGCUUCCCUGGAAGAUUUGGAAAGAGUGAAUCCCCCUGGAAAGCUGUUGAUCGAGAGGCCGACACUGCAUGUGAUAGGCGUUGACGAUGAAUGGGCUCCUUCGCAAAGAAAGCUUUAUAAUGCUUAUUGCUCUCCCGACGCGAAGUUCGUGCUCGAGUGGGAUGGGGAUCAUCGAAUCCCAAUCCAUGCCGCCGAGACGGAUGAAAUAUGUGCAAGGAUUUUAGAAAUGGCUGCGAUGAAAGCAUAA